AUGGAGCAUUCAAUCGCGCUGGUCACCGGCGCCACGUCAGGGCUCGGUCAUGCGGCAGCCAGCGCUCUUGCCGCGGACGGCUGGCGCGGCGUCAUCGUGACCGGACGUAGCCUGGCUCGGGUCAAGGAAACGGCUGUUCAGCUUGCGGAGGAGACUAAAAGACAGGUCUUCACGCCACUCGAGCUGGAUCUGGACAAGCCGUCCAGUGUUCAGGCCGCCCUCGCCGAGCUUGUCAAGCGAGACGUGGCGGCCUUCGCGGCCAAACACCAUCAGGGUGACCGAACCGCCGCCGUUGAAGCCCUGCUGCGCAACGGGCCAAAUGUCAAGUACGAGCCCAACCGGGCGUACACCGACGCGAAACUCAUAAUCGCAUGGUGGGCCGCGGCGUUGGCGCGCCGGCUACCUCCCAGCAUGGCUGUAUACGCCGUGUCGCCCGGCAGCGCGCCCGACACCCAGGUGACUCCUGAGACUGCGGCUCGUCGGUACCUCCAGGCAUCUGAGUUCGGAACCGACGUCUCGGGGCAAUUCUUCGCUUCACCUCCCAAGAAGGUUACAGGGGCAAUUGAGGCUAUGCGCCAUCAACACUUUCACGAUCGCGCUAGCCAAGAAGCCGCGUGGCAGGCAGUGGUCAAAGUCUCCGGCGUCGACCUUCCCGAUGGCCAGCGUCCACAGCAGAACACCAACACGCAAGACACGCAGACAGCCAGUACUAAGUAUGCCUAG